AUGCGGCUUGGGUUGGAUGCGAGCGCCCAGUCCCCCUGCUUCUGGCCGGGCGCUUACUGCGGGUCGGCCAUGAGCGCUCGGAUGUACAGGGAGCGGUGCGCGAUCUCGACUCAACGAGAGCUGAACAGGUUAACAGCCUCACCGGAGUUCCAGGCUUGGCUUGAAGAAAAGAGCACUGGAAGAUGGCUUGGGCGGCUCGCGUUGAGCUGCCUGCUGCUGGUGACUGCAGCCGGGGGUAUGGGUUUUGGAUUGAACAAGGAUUGGUCAGCACAUCUACACGCUGCUACAUCUAAACCUGUGGAGCUCCUUGUAGUUCCUCAGGCGGAAGAAGGCACUGAGAAGAAUGUGACAGUCAAGAAUGGAAAGCCACACCAUCAAAUUACUUCAUCAGGGGCUGGCACAGGCGGUCGACAGUGUGACACAGGAGAACUGAAGAUCUGUCCUCUCGGCAGGACUCUCUCCUCUGUGAUUGGCAAGCAAGCAGCUGUGGGAGAUGACUCAUGUGUUUGCUCUGCUGCAUCGCCCGGGCAGGGAAAAGAACAGGUGUUUCAGGAUGAGCACAUCUUGAGAGACAAUCGCAGCUUGGGGAGUGAGGGUGCCUGGGAUGCUGGCAGCAGGUUUCCCGCACUGCAAACGUACCUGGAAACUGUUGCAGUCCUUGUGUUUGGUUGGCUCACGGUGUUGUUCAUUGAUCGCACCGAGCUUAGAGGAAAUGAAGAGGGAGAUGUGUCCACCCUGCUGCUUGGGAGGAGUAUCAAGUGUGCCCCAGAAGUUGAACCAGAUCGGCAGAAAAAGCAUUUCUUGGGCCAGCAGAAGCUGGACACUGCCAAGAAAGAAAAUCGUCAACUGUCUGAAGUGUGUAGCCGGCUGGCAGCUGUUGAGAGAGAGUUGGAUAUCCAACGAGCCAAGGCGGCAGAAUUUGAAGCUGAGCGCAGAAGCUUCCUGAGGAAGAUCAAUCUCAUGGCCAGUGAAGCUCGUGCCAAGGACAGGGAGCUGGAAAGCCUGCGGGCGAGCCUGUUGGCAGCUCAACAGGCCACAAAGCGCCAGAGAAAUCGGGCCGACAUGCUGGAGAGGGAAAAUGCUGUUGCUCGUAUGGCGGCGCAACAUGCUGAAAAUAGCCUGGUGAGGCAUUUGGCUGACCGGUGGGAUGCACAAGGAGCAGCUCAGCGAUCAGGAAGGGAGGUGCAACCCGCUCUGCCAAGGCUUAAAGAUGCAAAAGUUGCGAGUCCACCCAAGGAUGCAAAGACGUUGGAACUUGAGGCAUUGCUGGCACGAUUGCAGACUAAGGCGGCCCAGCUCAGUGCUGAACUUGAGCAAAAGGAUGACCAGCUCUCAUCAAUGGACGCAUGGCGUCGAGCCAGACUGAAAGCUGACACCAAACAAGAACAGGCUGCCAAAGACACUGACCUACCGUCGACCUCAACAGGCCUUGCACCAAUGGCCACCAGUGGCAUCCGCUGUGAGGGAGGCUACAGUGGCGCGGCCUCCCUUGCACAAUGGGUGUCUUCACCAAGAACGCCACAACUCAGAGAUCGAAGGGAGAGGGGACGAGCACCUCGGUGA